UGGAAGUUGUUAAUGCGACAGUGAGUCAUAUAUUAGAUACUAUACGACCUGUGAUCGUAACAACAGUCUAAUCAGGGCAGUAUUUGAUAUCCCCCAAAGUGUACAGCCUACUCCCCCCUUCUCAAUAAGUUGUAUCCGCCCCUGUUCUCCAAUAUUCGUUGAUUCUCGCGAUACAAAGUUGCUUCGUUUUAGCAGGGCGCAUAAUUAUCUCUACAUUCUCCAAUACUCGCUGAUUCUCGGAAGAGCGAUACAACGUAGUUUCGUUUUACCAGAGCGUGAAAUUCUCUCUACCUUCUCCAAUAUUCGCUGGUUCUUGGAAACGCAGUUUCGUUUUAGGCUUACCGUAUUCAACAUAAUGACAGCAUCUGAGCAAACAAGAGCAUGUGGAGGCGUAUGAGAUAUAUCCCUGGUUACGACUAGAAAUGCAAGACAAUGUAUUUCAUAAAGUGCACGACUUCAAUCAUAUUCACUCCGGCAAUCUAUGCUGAUCAUUAGAGGUGAUCGGGUGGGCAGGCUGGGUGGCUUGAAUUUCUGGUUCAGAGUAUUUACAGACCCUCUUCAUAUUGGCGAGUGCAUUAUUAACAGCAAACGAACGAAUAAACAGAACAUAUAAUUCAAGUGGAAUGUAUCCUCAAAACCUUGGGGUCAUAGUUACACCCUUCUCAGAACUAAACGUUUAUGCGCCGACCAUUACUGAUAAGUGAAUAACAAUAAAAAACAAGGAUUGAUUAGAUCAUGUAGAUGAAGCUAAUAAAUGUAAAAUGAUUGAAGAUAUGUUUGGAUUAAAUGAGUACAGCGUGGAUGAUGCCGAUAGGCCCACAUCAUGAGCAUUAUGAAAUUUCCAAAAGCCAGAAAUCACAUCUGAAGCCAUGCAGUAGAUUGCAAGUUGUAGGCAUGAGGGAGGGAGGAAUGUCACUUAGACACGUAUAUAUGUGUGUCAAAGCGUUGACAAUCAUCAAAUCGGAGGGAUGACAUCGAGGUCAAGUCAAGAGACAGCAAUUUCCACGAGUGUGUAAUCAAGCAUGUGGCGGACAACAAGCAAUGCCCUUAUAAGGAGUGUGGUGUUGAAGUAAACCCCGACAGCCAGGUGAUGAGGAUUCUUGAAGCUACACUGAAGGAGAUGUUCCGGGAGUACACCUGUGAAUACACACCACCUAUGUCAUUGAGUGGAGAUGUGGUCAAAGUCUCCAUCUUAACUGGCGAUGCAGUGGUCCUGCCUACAGCGAAGACCUCACAAUCCUUCAACUGAAAGACGCAGUCAAACAGAGGUUCAAACACGAUCACAGCAAGCAAAAGCUUGUGUACAACGAAAAAGUACUAGAGGUUUUUGGCAGGUCGCAUAAAGAGAUGACACUUGGCGACUAUGGCAUAGGAGCAAAUGCCACAAUCCACUUGCUUGUCCUUCUGUUUGCAAUCCCAGAUGACCUGGACCAUGUCAUCUUUGACCUCCACUGGGGCUAUCCCGCCAGCGAUGGGGAAGACAACAGGGACUAUCUUGAUGCCUCAUGCUUUGCCUUCAAAAACAACAUCUAUGUCUCUGUUUGCGACUUCAUGAAUGAAGAGACGUCAUCUGCUAAAAAAACUCGUUUCAAUCUCAUGCGCCAUGUGAGAACAGAAGACGGUUGCAAGGCUGCCAUCAAACACUCUGGUGACCAUAUGGAUGAUACUAAAAAACGUGGGCACCAUAAAAUUGAAGUUCACAUGAAGAAGAUCCCAGCAUCUGUGUCACAUCUUAUCUUCACCCUGAGCGCCUUCAAAGCCCCUUCUGUCUCCAAGUUUCCCAAUCCAACACUUCAGUUCUAUGAAGCCUCUAAUACUAAUGCUGAUCUUUGCUCUACAUCAUUUGACAGGCCAAUCCACAGCCGAGCUAUCAUCAUGUGCUAUGUGGUGAAAGAUGAAGCAGGGAAAUGGCAGAUCUACGAGUGUGGAGCGGAGUCGGAUGGGUGUGCUGCAGGGUAUCUCAAACUGGUGGCUACCAUCAAGAAACUCAUGAAAACAGGCGUCCUUUAGAAAAGGAUGCUGAAGACAACAAAUUUGUGGAUACAUUCCUGAAGCUGGAUGUCCCUUACUGAAGUCAUCAAAUCUGUGAAUCUGUACUGCUGCAUAUGUACAUAUUGAUUGGAUAUUAAUGAAGCACAACACACUGUUAGAGAUUUUUGGACGUGUAUUUCAAAAUGACUGGUUUGAUUCAUUGAUUGAAAGAAGUAGUGAACUGAGAAACAGGGCCCUUGGCACGAACAUUACACAAAUAGAAAAGUUGAUGUAAGCAAUACUCACUGAUUUAUUGACAUUAUAUGAAGAAGUCUAUGAGGUAUCAGCACCCAACCCACUCCUUGAUUCAUGUGAACAGUUAUUGUAAACCUAUGAAUCAAUCGCUCACUGAUUACAUUUGCUUGGCGUCUUCUCAUGCUGCUGAUCGGACAUUGGAAUAUCAACAUUGGGAUCCUCUGCUAUUCAUGGUGCAGUGCCUGGGUCAGUUCAUUCAGGAUUUGAACUAGUCUCUUGGUCCUACCUGGCAUCAGAACAUCUAUACAACAUGCUGACAAAAAGGAUUCCAUGGCUUGUAAUAAUUUCUCAGAACUGGAUUUUGAAUCAGGCAGUACUUAAUGCUCAUAUAUAUUAGUCAGUGUGCACUGCCCACAAUGUGGGAUGGAGAACUGGUUGCCGGUCUCCAGCAUGUGGUCAGUACUGCCCAUGACAUUUAGGCUGAAACACAAACUUCCGGUUGGACCCAGUAUUUACAUUUACUUCUGUGCCCCUCAGUGUACAAAAAACAUGUCCUCAUUGAUGGGUCCACUCAAGUAUCUUUAGUUAUUCAGGUUCAAAUGAUAUGACAUGCUUUAUAUUAUUAACUGUUUAUUUAAACAAGCUUUGCACCAUUGAUCACAGUUAUGAUCUUUUAGUCCCAAAUAGGCUGAAAAAGAACCAGUGCUCAGGUAGUGUUUAGGGACCUCUUCUCUUUUUCCUUAUUUUGUUUCCUUGUAUUUGCCUUCAAACGGAAUAAAAGCUCCAAUACUGUCA